GACUCUAUCCAGCAGACAGACCUGCAGUGAUUGACGCGUCUGGGCUCCAUUCACGUAGUAGCAGUCUAGGUGCGGGACAGAAAUCAGGUAGCUGCGGGGAAAGCGUGCAGUUUUGUCGGAACGGGAAUCGCGCGUUGCAAAGCAAAGCGAGUCGUCGAUCGGUCAGACGUUGCGGGCUAGUGAUUGACGACGGGAGGUCUAGUCUUCGGUUCGGCAGCUGUGUCCCACUUGGGUCGUCGUUUCGUUGUUGCAGCACGUACAGCAUGCAGGCAAUCUUCGUUCCCGAUCGAACAAGCUAAGCACGGUAGCUCAGCAGCAUAUAUACCCCGGAAAACAUACAUACAGCCGGCGGAGAAUCGACAUGGCGCCACCGCGCUGCGCGUGCUGGCUUCUCCGGUUUCUCCUCCUGCAGCUCGCGCUUCUUCUUCCCUGCAGCUGCCUCGCGUCCACGCAUCAGACGGCAGCAGGCGGCGAGGCGGCGCUGCUGCUCAAGAUCAAGAGCUUGUGGGGCGACCCGCCGGCGCUGGCGGCAUGGAACGCCUCUGCUGCAGGCGUUUACUGCGACUGGCCGCGCGUGGGGUGCGACACAGCGGGGCGCGUCGCGAACCUCACCCUCGCCAGCGCCGGCAUCACGGGGCUGUUCCCGAACGCCAUCGGCAACCUCUCAGCGCUCACCUACCUCAACUUAUUCAACAACAGCAUCUUCGGCGCGUUUCCGACCGCUCUGUAUCGCUGCACAUCGAUCCAGUACCUCGAUCUGAGCUACAACAACCUCACCGGCGAGCUGCCGCCGGACAUGGGCCGAAGCCUAGGGGAGAAUCUAACCACUCUGGUCCUCGACGACAACCUGUUCAGCGGCGCCAUCCCGCCGUCCCUCGGCUCGCUUAAGGGGCUUCAGACAUUGUGUCUGUCGGACAACCCAUUCGACGCAGGUGAGCUCCCAGCAUCGUUCAAGAACCUCGUCAACCUAACCAUCUUCUGCGCCGGUAAUUGCAACCUCGUCGGGGAGUUCCCAAGCUCAGUGCUGGAGAUGGUGGAGCUGGAGCUACUGGACCUGUUCAACAACGCGUUGACCGGAAGCAUACCUCCGAGGCUAUGGAGCCUCCGCAAGUUGCAGAUACUGAAUCUGUCCUAUAACAACUUCACCGGCGACGUGGUGGUUGAUGAUGGUAAUGGCAUGGCUGCAAGGAGCUUGACUGAAAUGGACAUUUCGUCCAACUACAAGCUUACUGGAAGCAUCCCUGAAGCCUUUGGGCUCUUGGAGAACCUUACACUCUUGUACCUCAUGUUCAACAGCUUCUCGGGAGAAAUACCGGCGUCCAUCGCCCGUUUGCCGUCGCUGUGGGACCUAGAGCUGAGCAACAACCAGUUUACCGGGACACUGCCGGCGGAAUUCGGGAAGCAUUCGAACCUGGGAUAUCUUGAUGUUGGUGACAACGCGCUGACGGGCGCCCUUCCAGAAGGGUUGUGUGCCAGAGGCCAAUUCAUUUACUUCCGCGCUGACAACAACCACUUGAACGGCUCAAUCCCAGUAAGCCUGGCCAACUGUGCUACUCUUCAAACACUAUCUCUAAACAAUAACCAGCUCACGGGUGCCAUUCCGCAAGAUUUCUGCGCCGGAGGCGGCCAGUUAGAUUACCUCGGCGCUGAGAACAACCGCUUGAACGGCUCCAUCCCAUCAGGCCUAGCCAACUGUGCUACUCUCAGAAAACUCUAUCUAAGCAACAACCAGCUCACCGGAAUCGUUCCUUAAAUUAAACUUAUGCUAUUGAGUUUAGCCAGCUGGUUUGUGAACGAAGAACAUGUUUGCUUGUCUAGACUACCCUCUUCUACAACUACAAUGCGGUGAGUUCCUUUAGUUUUCUAAACCGGCUAAUCUUAUUUGUCAGAUCAUCAAAUGCAAAAGCAAUGUGACUGAACUAAGAGAGCUUGGUUUAGAUCAUGCCACCUAGUACAUUGGAAGAACAUUUAGCUAUCUAGCAGUAAAUAAAUGGAAUGAAUAUGCUUGUCUUUUUCUUUCUUUCUUUCUUAUAUCGAUCUACUUAGUUUCUUUCUUGCAUCUAUUUUGCGACAUCAACCGUGCUAUCUGUCAUGCAAGCUUGUGUUAAAAAAACAGGAUUACAUAUAUGACCUGCAGGUCGCUGGCUGUAUGAACAUUUCUUGCUUCAAUCUGUUGAUGUUCCCCUUUACAUGGUUGCCUAUGGGAGAUGAAUUGAACAAUCGAGAUUCUACAAUGUGAGCUUGAAACCACUGUGCAUUUAUUCAAAAACUAGUUAAGCAACGCAAAAAAGAAGCCUUCUUUUUGUGGCGUGCCUAAGUAAUUCAUCUCCUAUAUAUACUCCGUAGGUGAGAACUAAACACUAAUAGCCAAUGUGACAACGUGAGCAACAAAAGCUGGUUUAUUCUCAGAAAGCAAUGCAAAAAUCGCAAAUAGAACUCUUCUUCUGUCAUACUCGUACAUGAACGAAUUCGAGCAAAAACAAAAACAUCAUCUAGUUUAUCAUUGUAUAUAUCUCGAGGAAUCGUGUAAAGUUCCUUAUCGUAAUACUCAGUUGCUGAAAAGAAAAAAAAUUUAAUCGGAAGCCAGGGCAGGCAGUGUUCAGACCUGUCCACCUCUGGUGACGGUGGCGGCGAAGAAGAGGAGCGGGUUGGCGGAGCCGCCGUUGGCGUUGGCAAUGCAAAUCACUCUCAUAAUACCACACUUGUGAGAAUCCAUACCAUCCAUUAACAUAUGACCAUAAAUCUUUAACUAGGUAUGUGCCCGUGCGUUGCCACGGACGACAUAAAGUACGCCCUUAGUCCAAAUAACAAUGGAUUGAUAUUAUACAAAAGAUCCUAUUUCACAUCGGUUUUGAGCAUUUUCAAAAUUUGCUUCUAAAAGCAUAUACAACAGGGCUAGUAAGUAUAUAAUGAAGAAACAAUACAUAGACAGUUGUUCUUCAUGCAAGGUAUAUGAGGGUUCUUUUCCUCAAUUUAGUCCAUUGUCCUCCAGCUCGUUGACAAAACUGUAGGCGGAGAAAGUUGAGCAGGCCUCCAAAACCACACCAAUUGUUCCAAAGACGAUAUUCACAGUGAUUAAUGAGCACUGAAACCCGGCAUGAACAUGAUAAACCCAUAGUUUACCAAUGAUAUCACAUUUUCCACUACCAUAUAACUCGAUCAGGCCCCUCGGCACAACAUCAUAGAAACAAAGGUGGUGAAGAAUGGUCUCCAUAGGAGAGCAUUUUGCCACCUGAAAACAAUGAAGUAGAGAGAUCCCUCAGGCAUGUGAAAUACUUGAAAGAAAAUGCAAGAAAAAUGAAUAUUCCUCUGGGCUCCUUUACCUAAAUAUGCAGGAAUAAAGAGUUUUUGCCAAUACAAAAAAGGAAAAACAACCAGAUAGAAAAUUCUUCAAAACAGAUUCACAACGUCCAUUGACAAAUGGCUUAAAUAUAACGCUACUUCUAAAAUCUUUUAGAAGCAAAAGGAGUGCAGGCGAGAUGGAAAGUACAAACAGGAUUGUGGCACAAUCUGAACUGUGACUCGUCGGAAUCGAGCUCAGUCGUUGAAAUUUUGCGUUACCAAAGCAUUGUGGUGAAGUGUCCAAAUAUUCUGACCUGACAAUUUUGAUGAAAUGCAUGCAAAGAAAAGGCUUCAAUACCAUGUAAUAACUUUUAAGGGACAGUAAAACCAAAUAUGUAGAAGAUGUGUAAAAGCUAGAAAUUGCCAAUCAUGUAUGUAAAGCGUUCCUUACCUUGGCAAACAUUCUGGAUGCUGAAGGCAACACAUCAACAAUAUUCUCCUAAGCAGGCAUGGAAAUUACUUGUUCGAAAUUAGCUGCCAUCUUCUAGAUAUAAUCAAGACAAGUCUUGGCCAACAGUCAUCUCCAACAUGGCCCCUCUGAAAAACAGCCACAACUGCUAUCUACACGAGGAAUUUGAAAAAAAAAACAUUUUCAGAGUUGUAGUAGUAUGUAUUAUUGAGCAUGCAGGUUUCUUGCACUUCACCAUUGUGAAGUUGUUCUCAACUUCUAAUUAGAUACAGUUUAAUAUGUUAUGCAUUUACAAAUAGAACCACACACGAAUUACUUAUCUAUAGGGUUGAAAACGGAACAGGAAAAUCCCGUCCCGACCGGCACCGUAUACCGCUUAAUUAUCCCGUCCAGAUAUCGUUUUUGCAGGAAAAACAGAAAAAUGGGAAAAAUACGGGAAAAUCCGGCGAAACCGGGAGCGGAAGCGGUUCAAGCAUUUUCCUGACCGUAUUGCCGGUUCCCGUAUUUGGGCCGGGAAAAUCCCGCGGUAUUUUCCCACAUUAAGAGACAAAACUUCAUUUCAGCCCACAGCCCACGAAUGUUACUCGGCCCAACCCGACACCAGAACGGGCGAACCCUAAUCCCUUCCCCGCAGCCCCCACACCCCCCACGCACGCACUCCCACAGUCCAAGCCGCCGCCGCCUUGCCCCAUGGAUUCCUCGCUUAUCGCUCCCCCUCUCCGAGAGAACGCAACUCCCGCCGACUGUACCCGCCGGCAACGCCGCCGCCGCCGAUGGUGUUUGAGGACAUCCGGCUCGCCGUCGGCCUGCACCUGUCGGCCGGCCUUUUGAUAAGAAGGUGGGCUUAAUUAUGGGUAUCUUAAAGUUAUGGAGGCGCUUGCUUCGAGACAGAAUUGUGAGGUAGUAUGUAUGAUAAAUCAUGUUGGCUCAAUUGAUGUACAAAACUGCUAGUUCAAUAGUUAACAACUCACUGUAUGUUCGAAUUCCAACUCAGCUAGCUUAGAUUGUCCAAUUACAAAUGUAACUAGGAAUACCUUCUUUGACUUGUAGGAUGGAGAAGUUGCAGACUGUACUACUGCUGCCCGAAUUGGAUUUUUUAUUUGGAUUGGUCACUGGAACUGCCGAACUGGAAAUGUAGAUGCGGCGUGCAGUGUGUGUCAAAUUCUACCAUUCUCGAACUCUUUUUGAUGUGUGUAUUUGCUAGUGUGUAUGGGGUGCAUCUACUUGUUUGCAUAUAAGUUAUGCAUAGUUGUAAUUAUUUCAUCGAGCUAAAUCUUUGAAGUGGUAACAUGUGUGGUGUUCCCGUUUUGAGUUA